GAAUCAUGUCAUAUGAAUGGAACUUGCAAAAGCGGGUGCAUUCCUGAUUUCUAUGGUCCAUCCUGUGAGCAGUCAUGCCCUACCAAUUGUGCCAAUGGAAGUAACGGAACACGAUGUUCACGUGCAACAGGUUUGUGUCUGUACAGCUGUAAUGAAGGCUUUGUUGGAGAAGGAUGUGUGGAAGCUCUCAAGUUAGACAAAACUAAAGAUACAGUACCAGCAGCCGCAAUAGGAGGUGGAGUUGCAGCUGUAGCUGUUGUUGCUAUUAUGGUGGUCGUUGGAAUAUUCGUUCGGCAAAGGAAUCGAAUGCCAUUGUACGAUAAUGUCGUAAGAGAAACACAUGAAGAUCGCCCUGAACAUACAUAUGACGGCUUACAUAUGAAUUUGAGCGAUGGCACGAAGGAGUACUCUACAACUGUUGUAAGAACACAUACUGACUACCAGAACACGAGCGAUCGUUUUUCGGAAUCGCCAGAACAGACUGCAAAUGAAGAACACGCGUAUGAGAUCGGUUUAUAGAUACAUGCGAACAAAUGUGUUUUUAUAGUAAGAGUGUUGUGGUUUAAAUACACAGGCAAUGUCGUUCAAUUAUACCUGUGUAGUGGACAUACAUUAUUAUUGAAAUUACGCAUCAAUUAGAAAAGGAUACGUCUACGCUCAUCAACUAUCGUCACGUUAUAAUAAGUAGUAUUCUAAUCUGUUAUGUAUUGCAAUGCAUGUAUUGAUAAUUAUGUAAUUUAAGCUAUUUGACAUGGGCUACACGCUCAGUCAAAGUAGCAUCUUAUGACCGUGCAUACCAUACCUAAAGAACAAAGUGAUGAAAUUAAUAAUAGGCAAGAACUAACCUGCAUCAUAACAUAUUGCAUUCAACAGUUUGAAACAAUUACUAUUUUCAACAGUAAAUUAAAUAAUUUCUGUUCCCGUAGUAGCUAUACAAUAUUUUUAUGU